AUAUACUGUCGGUGGUACCAACACUUACACUUUUAAGACUCAUGGCUGCUAACAACAUUAAUGAUAAGCCCACUUUCUCUCUACUCUUUCUUGCAAGAUUUUCAGCUACUAUUGUAGCCAUUCUUGUUCUCACAUGGGCUCUCUACUUCACCACUAGCUUCCUUCCUCAUCACACUCCCUCUCAACAUGACCUCAUUUAUUCUGUGUUGCAUCCUUUGUUGAUGGUGAUUGGUUUCAUUCUCAUAAGUGGAGAAGCAAUAUUGGUGCAUAGAUGGUUGCCUGGUUCAAGAAAAAGGAAGAAAUGGGUGCAUUUGUGGCUACAAGGUUUGGCAUUGGCAAGUGGAAUAUUUGGGAUUUGGACAAAGUUUCAAGGGAGAGAUGGUGUUGUGGCUAAUUUCUAUAGCUUGCAUUCUUGGAUGGGUAUCCUAUGUGUUUCUUUGUUUGGAGCUCAGUGGUUGAUGGGUUUCCUAAGCUUUUGGCAUAGAGGCGAAGUACGAACGACUAGAAUACAGGUUUUACCUUGGCAUGUUUUUCUUGGUCUUUAUACAUAUGGAUUAGCGGUAGUAACAGCAGAAACCGGGCUUCUGGAGAAGUUAACCUUUUUACAGACAAAGGGAAUUGUUAUGAAGCGUUGCAAUGAGUCGCUGAUUGUUAAUGGUUUAGGUCUUGGGUUGGCCAUGCUUUGUGGUUUAGUGAUGCUGACUGCGGUCUCACCUAAGCAGUACCAAAGUAUUCCCACAACUAAGGUUGUAUACUCGGAUAGCAAGUGUUUAACUUCUUAGUCAGACUCAUACUGCUCGUGUUUCUAUAUCGAGAAUCUGUGUAAAUAUGCAAUAUCCAUGAGCAAAAGUGGCUUCACGUUUUUUUGAGA